AUGUGUCCUGAAUUGUGAUUAAAAUCAUGUUUUAUAUGUGCUUACUCUCCAGAGUUCAGAUAAAUAGCUUCCUCCUCCACCCGUUCAUUAUCAGUUUAUCACUUAACAGACAUUUUUUUGUCAAAAUUGUCAAAUCUGUAUUGAUUACCAUCUUUGGUAUAAUUAUUUAUUUAGGUGAAGGAAGAAGACCACAAUAAACUGUCAUCAAUGGCGGUGCCAGGAGCUGUUGACCCCACCAAUGGUUAUUGCUCUGAAACCAAGACCUUUCAGAGUCUCAGACCUCCGGUCUCCUUGCCUCCCGCCGACGAGCCUCUCUCCAUUGCCGAAUAUGCCAUCUCCCUGCUCCGCUCGCCGGCUACCGCCGCUGCGGACACCUUCAUUAUUGACGCCGCCACCGACCGGAAGCUCUCCUACUCCGAUUUCCUGCGCCGGACCAGAGCUCUCGCCGGGGCUAUCCGGUCCCGGUUUCCUUCGCUUGCUAGAAACGACGUCGCUUUUGUUCUAUCUCCGACCUCCCUCGACGUUCCUGUUCUGUACUUCGCCCUGCUCUCUCUCGGCGUCGUCGUUUCGCCUGCCAACCCGCUCUCCACUCCCUCCGAGUUGGCUCACAUGGUCCGACUCAGUAACCCCGCCGUCGCUUUCGCUACUUCCGCAACUUCCAACAAACUCCCUUCAUUACCUCUCGGGACGGUUAUCCUAGACUCCGCCGAUUUUUCCGCGAUGCUCGAGGGCCCCACUUCUCACCACGACGAUUCUUCCCACCGACGACUCGUUCGCCAGUCCGAUACUGCAACCGUUCUCUACUCGUCCGGUACGACCGGCCGAGUCAAGGGCGUCGAGUUGAGCCACCGGAAUUUUAUCGCUCUAAUGGCGACCUUGUACAACACCAAAUUUACCGACGGCAAUUCUACAGCUCCGCCGGAAGAAUCGGUCGCGCUCCUCAUGCUGCCGCUGUUUCACGUGUUCGGAUUUUUCAUGCUUAUCCGAACGGUGUCUAUGGGAGAGACGGCGGUGAUAAUGCGGCGGUUUGACUUCGAGAAGAUGCUCGCCGCAGUUCAGAAGUACAGGGUGACGUACAUCCCCGUCUCGCCUCCGCUGGUGGUGGCCUUGGCGAAGUCUGAUUUGGUGGCCAAGUACGACCUCAGCUCCGUCAAGUUGCUGGCAUGCGGCGGCGCCCCGCUCGGAAGGGAGGUCGCCGGACGGUUCAAUGCCAGGUUCCCCAACGUGGAUAUUUCUCAGGGCUAUGGUCUGACUGAGACAACCGGCGGGACAACGGGGAUGAUAAGUCCCGAGGAAUGUCAAAAGUAUGGUUCUGCUGGCCGCAUUAAUUCAGUCGUGGAAGCUAAGAUAGUCGAUCCUGAAACUGGGGAAGCAUUGCCUCCUGGCCAUCGUGGUGAGCUGUGGCUACGAGGGCCCUUAAUCAUGAAAGGGUAUGUUGGCGACAGAUCUGCCACUUCUGCAACAUUAGAUUCGGAAGGAUGGCUAAGAACGGGGGAUCUCUGCUAUUUCGACUCGGAAGGGUUCUUGUUUGUUGUGGACAGGUUGAAGGAACUAAUCAAAUACAAGGCCUUUCAGGUUCCCCCUGCUGAGUUAGAACAUCUGCUUCAGUCAAUCCCUGAUGUUGCUGAUGCCGCUGUUAUUCCAUUUCCUGAUGAAGAAGCAGGACAGAUUCCAAUGGCCUAUGUUGUGAGAAAACCUGGAAGCAACAUCACAGAAACUCAGAUUAUGGAUACUAUUGCAAAACAGGUUGCACCUUACAAAAAGAUCAGACGUGUUUCAUUCAUCAGCGCGAUUCCUAAAUCUCCAGCCGGAAAGAUCUUGAGAAGAGAACUGGUUGCGCUUGCUGUUUCUGCUGCUUCAUCCAAACUAUGAUACCAAAAAAUUAUUCUAAUGUUGGCACCUUGUGAAACUUCUUGUGACUGAAUAAUGUUUAUAAUUAGAAUAUAUGAAGUGGUAGUUAAGUAGUUAAGUAUAGUAGUAUGUUUUUAGGUAUAAUUCAAUUGAUCAAUUGAUUAACUCAACAAGUUGAUGGUUUUGUUUUGUUCCGAGUAUAAAUGUAUAAGGU